CUUCCGCUUUUCGUAGACGACUGCCGCUUGCAAGGGAGCACACUGUUGCUAGCCUUGUUUUUCUGAGUUUAUAGGCCCAGAUGGCCGCUAGGUUUCAUUAAGAUGCUGGAAAAAUGUUAUCCAUGUUAAAAAAGAAAGAAUCCAAGAAAAACCGAGUGAAGAAAGAGGAAGCAUCUAAUGGUUCAAGUUCUCAUAGUGCUAGUAAAAAUGUCUCCUUAAAACAUGAACAACAGCAUAACAACCCAGGMAGAGACAAGCGAGAAUUAAAACCACAUGGACAGCUAACCAAUGAACAACAAGCUGAUGGCUUAAAGAAUAUAUCAACACAAUGCAGACAAGASGGUGCUAGUAACACAGUUGGUGAUGUCAAUUACCCUUCUUUACCAAAAAAGCCAGAUACAAGAUGCACUGUGGUACCCCCUGGACAAUCUGGUAUURCAGGGGCAGCAGCAUUACCACAAAGUAAGGAUUAUCUAUAUCUACACUUCGGCCAUUUAUUAUUUGUGAUGUGA